AAGAAGAAGAAGAAGAAGAAGAAGAAGAAGAAGAAGAAGAAGAAGAAGAAGAAGAAGAAGAAGAAGAAGAAGAAGAAGAGGAAAAAGGAGGUUAGUUUGGUAAUUUACAUGGAUCAAAAGCUAGUUCCACAGUUGCAUAAAGCUGAGUCAAGUAGCAGACAUGGAAGGCUUGAGAGAUUCUCCCAUUAUGUUGCAAGACAAAUUGGGUUUGAUGAUCCAAACGAGUGCCCUCAAUUGUGCAAGUUGGCAUAUGACUAUUUGAAGAAAACAGAAGGAAGUGAAAGUUUUAUCUAUGAAUUCUUCUCCAAAGAACCAGAUGCUGAAUCUCUUUAUGUCAAAUUAAUUGAAGAAUUUGAUAAAUGCAUUCUUAGUUAUUUUUCUUUUCAUUGGAGCCAAACACCUUCCAUGAUCAGUCAGGUCUUGGGAAAUAGUGAUCAUGAGAAGAAAAGGUUCAAAGACCUUGUGAUGGCAGCUACAAGAAAACAAAGAUUCGAUAGGGUGAUACAUAGUUUGAAGGUGACACGAGUGUUCGCAACGUUAGUUGAGGAGAUGAAGGCGAUAGGUGGGAUAUCUAACGGCACCAAUGGAGAAUCGUGUACGGAGGUGAUGGUGCCGGUGGCUCACAACAAGAGAAGUCCGGUACUCCUACUCAUGGGUGGUGGAAUGGGUGCCGGGAAGAGCACUGUCCUCAAAGACAUCCUUCAAGAGCCAUUUUGGUCAGGUGUUGGGGCAAAUGCGGUAAUAGUGGAAGCAGAUGCUUUCAAAGAGACAGAUGUCAUUUACAGAGCCCUUAGUUCUAGUGGUCAUCAUGGUGAUAUGCUUCAAACUGCUGAAUUGGUACAUCAAUCAUCAACUGAUGCAGCACAAUCGUUGCUAGUAACAGCCUUAAAUGAAGGGAGGGAUGUGAUAAUGGACGGGACAUUAGCAUGGAUGCCCUUUGUGGAGCAAACAAUAGAAAUGGCUCGUAACGUUCACAAGUUUAGGUAUCGAAUGGGACUUGGUUACAAGGAAGCAGAAGAUGGCACCACUAUAGAGAAUUAUUGGGAGCAAGUGGAAGAUGAUGGUGCACAUUCAAAACAAGUAAAGGGACGGAAGCCCUAUAGAAUUGAGCUUGUUGGUGUUGUUUGUGAUGCUUAUCUUGCGGUUGUAAGAGGCAUCAGGAGAGCAAUAAUGGUUGGAAGGGCAGUGAGGGUACAGUCACAGCUAAAGUCUCACAAGAGAUUUGCAAGUGCUUUUCCAAACUAUUGUGAGCUUGUUGACAAUGCUAGGCUUUAUUGCACCAACGCCGUAUGUGGUCCACCCAGGUUGAUAGGAUGGAAAGAUGGACACAGCAGACUAUUAGUGGAUGUGGAAGAAAUCAAUUGUCUGAACAUAUUGGGUAGCCUCAAUGACGAAGCUGAGUCCAUUUACGAACUUCACACGGACCAAAGCCCACUUUCUCAUGAGGGCUCAGCCUGGAAAGAAAUGAUUUUAUCACCUUUAAGGCCCAACAUUCAGAAGGACCUAAAGACUGCCAUUAUCAACUGUGAAAUUGCUGUAGCCACCUAAUUUUUUCAUGAUUCUACUUUAUUCUUCUUUUGUUAUCCUUCCCCCAUUUCAAACUUUAUUGGGUAACCAGGGUUACAAAAUUUGAAAUUAUGAUCUUUACCAAGUGAGGAUUUAUUUGACGCAAAAUUCAAAAUUUCCCUAA